AUGUCGUCUCUGAACGGUGAACCAAUCAUUGUUUCUGGUGGGACUGCAGGUCUGGCUCACUAUCCUCAUGCCAGGCUUGCCCCAGGUGGCCAAACCCGGACCCUGUACAUAUCCGGCACAAGUAGCAGACUUCCUGACGGGACUUUUGAUGGUGUGAAAGUCAACGAGGAUGGAAGCCUCAACUUCGAUGUCCGGCAACAAACGUUUACAAUCAUUCGCAACAUCGAAGCAAUCAUCAAGAACGCGACUGCCGGCCGUGGCAACCUCGGAAAUAUAAUCGACGCUACAAUCUUUUUAGUUGAUAUCGGCAAAAAUUACAGUGGCAUGAAUGCUGUAUGGAAUGAGUUUUGGCCCCGUGUCGACACAGCCCCAGCAAGGACAACUAUCGGGGUUAAGGAGCUCCCUAGCCCGAAAAUUGUUGUCGAAUUCAAGUGCACCGCUCUGAUCGAUGUAGAUGGAUGA